AUGGACCUAGAUAUACUGCAAGUCUUCCAGAGGGAAAUCACCUGUGCCAUCUGCCUAAAUUACUUCAUAGACCCAGUCACCAUAGGAUGUGGACACAGUUUUUGCAGACCCUGCCUCUAUCUCUCCUGGGAAGGAGCCCUAACUUCUGCCCACUGCCCAGAGUGCAGAGAACCAUCCAGCAGGAAGUUCAAAACCAAUAUUGUUCUGAAGAAUCUGGUGUUCAUUGCCAGAAAAGCUAGUCUCUGGCAAUUCCUGAGCUCUGAGGAACAAAUGUGUAGAAUCCACAAGGAGAAGAAGAUGUUCUGUGAAGUGGACAGGAGCCUGCUGUGUUUGUUCUGCUCUAAUGCCCAGGAGCACGGGGCUCACAGACACUGUCCCAUUGAAGGGGCAGCUGAGGAUCAGCGGGAUAAGCUAGAAAAACAAAUGAGAUCUUUAUGGGACAAGAUCCAAGAAAAUAAGAGAAACCUCAUUGAGCAACGAAUAGUGAUUAACCAAUGGACAGGCCACAUCGUUCUUAUGAGAAAAAGGAUCAGGACUAAAUAUCGUGAGGUUCAUCCUGUUCUCUAUGAAGAAGAAGAACAUUUGGAGAAACUGAGAAAGGAAGGCCAGGACAUUUUACAAAAACUCAGGAGAAGAGUGGCCAAAAUGCAUGAAAAGAGGAAACAACUGAAGGAGAUGUGUAAGGAACUGAUGGACAUGUGCCAUAAACCAGAGGAGGAGUUGCUCCAGGAUAUGGGAGACCUACUGAUGAGGAGUGAGUCCUUGCAGCUGCACAUGCCCCCACCUAUGCAUCCAGAGCUCAAUGUCAGAGUCAUCACUGGACUGAUGGACAGAUAGAGCCACUACUGA